AUGUCACUUCUGAAUGGCAGCAGCCUGACUCCAGCUUCCUUUAUCCUCAAUGGCAUCCCUGGUUUGGAAGAGGUGCAUUUGUGGAUCUCCUUCCCACUGUUUGCCAUGUACAGCAUUGCUCUUACAGGGAACUUUGGACUCAUGUAUCUUAUCUACUCCGAAGAAGUCUUCCACAAACCUAUGUACAUCUUCCUAGCCCUGCUUUCCUUCACAGAUGUGCUCAUGUGCACCAGCACUCUUCCCAACACUCUCUGCAUAUUGUGGCUCAAUCUCAAGGAGAUUGACUUCAAGGCCUGCCUGGCCCAGAUGUUCUUUGUGCACACUUUCACAGGGAUGGAAUCCGGGGUGCUGAUGCUCAUGGCCCUAGACUGAUACGUGGCCAUCUGUUACCCAUUGCGCUAUGCCACUAUCCUCACUAAUGUGGUCAUUGCCAAGGCAGGGAUGCUCACUUUUCUAAGGGGUGUGAUUCUUGUCAUCCCUUUUACAUUCCUCACCAAGCGCCUGCCAUACUGCAGGGGUAAUGUCAUUACCCACACCUACUAUGACCACAUGUCUGUCGGUAAAAUAUCAUGUGACAGUGUUGCGAUCAAUGCCAUAUAUGGAUUAAUGGUUGCUCUCUUCAUUGGGGGAUUUGACAUCCUGUGCAUCACAGUCUCCUACACCAUGAUCUUAUGGGCAGUUGUGAGUCUGUCAUUAGUAGGUGCUCAACAGAAGGCUUUCAGCACAUGCACUGCUCACAUCAGUGCCAUCGUCAUCACCUAUGUCCCAGCCUUCUUCACCUUCUUUACAAACCGCUUUGGGCGACAUACCAUCCCUCCCCACAUACACAUCAUUAUGACUAAUCUCUAUCUAUUCAUGCCUCCCACCAUGAAGGCAGGAUUCAUGCAUGGCAUUCAAGGUGAACAUCAGAAAUUCGUGGGCAUCUUCCUGCUUCUGCCUGUGGAAGCUGUAGUCAAGUUUGUCGAGGGCUGCAUGACAUCUGUGGAGUCUCCUCUGAUUCACUUGAGCUUCCAGAGCACACAUUGUGCAGCCUCCUGGGUGGUGACAGCAGCUCUGAGAGUGCUCCCGGGAGAGCAUGUAGUUGGCGAGUGGAGGCGUGUGUGUCAGACACUGCAAGGCUGCAUUAAGGUAGCAGCUGUUGCCUGUGUUCAGGAGACCCGCACCCAUGCUGAGGGGCCUCCCCCAACUCGCAAUGUGCUUGCUCCUGGCAGCCAGCUCUGCUGUCCCCUGAGCAUUAUCCUGGUGGAGGUCUGGGGCCAAUGGAUAUGA